AUGCCUGGCAUUCCAAUGAUGGACAGUCAAGGUGGUCCGCCGAAGGUCCGCAAUGAUAAAAUGUACAUCAUUGGGGGCGUUCUUAUCGGCGCUGUCAUAGUCUAUGGCUUUCAAGCAGUAUCGAAGAAAGAAUCAAAAGACGGCAAAGAAAAAAAAGAAUCGAAGAAUGGUGAAAAAGAAAAAGAAACGGAGAACAAAAAACAAGACUCAACCAAGAAGGAUAAAGAAGAAGAACCCGAAGAAGAAGAAGAAUCAGAAGAAGGAGAAGAACCAAAAGAAGAAGAAGAAGAAUCAGAAGAAGGAGAAGAACCAAAAGAAGAAGAAGAAGAACCAGAAGAAGGAGAAGAACCAAAAGAAGAAGAAGAAGAAGAACCAAAGGGCAAAAAGCAAGAAUCCAAGGGUAACAAAUCUCAAGAACCUAAGGACCAACAGCAAAAAUCGGAGCGUAAAGGGGAAGAAUCGAAGGACAAGAAACAAGAAUCCAAGGGCGACGAAUCCCAAGAAUCUAAGGGCAACGAGCAGAAACCGAAAGGCAAAGAAAAGCAAUCAAAGGACGAAGAACCGAAGGGCAAAAAUACUGUUUAUCAAUCAUUUAAUAUGUCUGACAUUGAACGUAUGGAAUCACCACCACUAACAACAACACAAACAUCAAGACCAACAUGUGGAGUGUAA